AUGGCCCUCACGAGCCCCAGCUCGAAAUCCUCCUCCCAAAUCCUGACCCUCGACCCAACUCACCCCCAACCACCCACCAGGCAUCACCACCACACCUCAUCCUCCAUCCCGACUAAUCUUCCUCCAGCCAAAGCCAUUAAAACUCACCCCAGCACUUCAGCUGAAGAGAAUGCAUCGGUCUACUUUGUCGGAAAUGCGACCACAAUUAUACAAUGGCACGGUAUCCGUAUCAUGACUGAUCCCAACUUCCUGCACGCCGGAGACCACGUCCACCUCGGUCCGGGGGUGACCUCUGUGCGCAAAUUAAAUCCGGCAGUGGAUCUGGAGGUUUUACCGCCGGUAGAUUUGAUGUUGUUGUCGCAUUAUCACGAAGACCACUUUGACCGACAUGUGGAAGCCUCCCUACGGCGGGACCUCCCCAUCAUCACUACACCUCACGCGCAGUCGAUUCUAACAGCGAAAGGUGAAGACUCAUUUACACAGGUUGCCGCCGUGGAUGUGUAUAACCAAGCAUUGGUUGAUAUUAAAGCUGAUAAGACCGGGAGACGCCCCCGGUUGAGGGUGACCGGUAUGCCCGGGAAGCAUAUACCGAUGGGGAAACCCCUUGAAAAGUUGAACGAAGUGGUGGGGGCGAUUCCCCCGACCAACGGCUGGAUGCUUGAACUCGGCUAUGGCAACCAUGGCGGCACAACCGCUGACUUCGAGCCUGGGUAUCGCAUCUACAUCUCAGGGGACACGUUAAUUUUCGACGAGUUGAAGGAGAUCCCACGGCGGUACGACGGUCAGGCUAUUAAUCUAAUGCUGGUGCAUUUGGGCGGCACGACAGUACCGUCUCCUGCCAUGUUGCCGCUGGCAAUGAUGGUGACGAUGGAUGCUAAACAGGGAGUGGAAUUGAUGCGCUCGUUGGGUGAUUUCCAAAACCAGGUGAAAGAGGCGGGGUUGGAUGGCCAGGUAGUCUACCUGGAUCGGGGUGACGAGUAUCGGUUUUAUGUGGGGGGUGAGAAAGUGUAG